AUGGCUUUCGAUUUCAACAGAGCUCCAUUCUUCGAUUCAACUCUUUCUAGUAGAGAUUUGAAUACAUUUCUGAAAAUGUGGAAAGAAGGAAGAACACAUCGAAAAAUGGAGAGAUGCUGUUUCUACUGGGAGACUUCAGCCUUGAACAUGAUAGAUGUAUUGGAAGGAUUAUGGUCAAGUUUAGAAGACAUAAAUGCUUUGAAUUCUGAUGGAAAAGCAUUCAAAAUCGGUGGAGUUAAUAGAAAAAGUGCUACGCUUCAACUCGAGAAAGGUCAAGGAUCUGUGAACUUGGAAUUAAAUGUUAAUCGCUAA